AAAGAAAAUAACUCUAGAAUUUGAGAGCUCAGAUAAAUUUAUAAAUAUUAAAUGUAAAAGUGAAAUGUACAGAUCUUAAAUUGAAAAACAAUAGUGAAGUUUCGUUAAUAAAUUGUGUUUCUAAAUUUAUAUAAAUAAUUUGCCAUAUAUUAAUGCAAAAUGACAGCAGAAAAGUCUGAAAGUAAGGAAAAUACAGUAGAAUCGAAGGAUGAUGAUUUGGAUGAAUUGGAUUUAGCAAUUGCUGAGUUAACUGGUAGUGAUAACAUUCAAAAACCACCACGUAUAGAAAACGAUGAAAGUUUUGCAAAAAUUUUUGGAGGUGAAGUUUUGCCUACGGAUAAAACUGAAGAAGAAAUCCCAAAUGCGGUUUCUGUUUUAGAAAGAGACUUUGAUUCUUCAGAUGAAGAAGGUGUCAAAAAUUUCUUGGAGCAAAAGUAUAAUCAAUAUGGAAGGGAAUUGAAUAAGAAACUAAAAAUAAAGAAGGCUGAGAAUAGGGAUGCGGAGAUAAGUCGAGAAGUGAAUAUACAUUUAAAUAAUUCAAACAAUUUAUUUCAUAAAAAUAAAAACCGAAUUAGUAAUGUGGUUCCUCCUAAAAAAGAUGCGACAAUAAUUCAAAAUGAACGAAGGGUACCAAUUACUGGCUCAUUUAAGCCACUGCAAAAUCAACCGGAGAAAACUCCCGUAUCACCUCAGCAAGGUUUGUCAAAAUGGUUAACAAAGGUGGAUAAUUCGGUAUAUAAAGAUCCAGUUUUUAACAUGCGGCUAGUUAAUCCAUUAGUUGCAAGUAAUAUACUAGUUGAUCGAAUGAAAGAUAAAACAGCAGUAUCAAUGGCAGGAUUAGAAUAUCAUAUUGAACAUGCUGAUUUAUCCCAGGAUUGGGUUAUUGCUGGUGCUAUAAUAAAUAAAAGUCCUGUAAAAGAAACUAAAAAGGGAGGAAGUUACAGUAUAUGGAGAAUUUCAGAUUUGAAAGGAGACAUUAAAAUUGUUUCCUUAUUCCUAUUCAACUCUGCAUAUUCGGGUUUGUGGAAAACUCCUGUCGGUAGUGUGAUUGCCAUUUUAAAUCCCCGUAAACUUGAUAAAAGAACUGACAGUAGUGAUGUUGCUGCUCUUUCAAUUGAUAAAGAAAAUCAAGUGAUGAUUUUAGGGAAAUCCAAAGAUUUUGGAAUUUGUAAGGCAAAAAAGAAAAAUGGUGAGAAUUGUUCGGCCGUUGUAAAUUUAAGUGAAUGUGACUAUUGCAUUUAUCACGUUAAACAGGAAUUUGGUAAAAUGUCGAAACGUUCCGAAUUACAGUCAUCUACUGCUGGACGUGGUCUUCAAGAAUUGCGGAAUAAGAUAUUAGGAAAAAAUGAGGUAUUUUAUGGUGGACAGUCAUUUGUGGCAGUACCAGCUAAGAAAAGUGCUAAAUUAAUAGCAAAAGACCAAAAGAGAAUGAUGACUUUAUCUGAAUAUUACCAUAAUCCAAAUUCUGCUAAUAUAAAUCAUACAGCCGGAGAUAAAAAGAAAGAUGUACCUUAUGCAUCAAGAUUUAAAAUUCAGUCGAAAAUAGCUGGACACGUUGAAGUUAACAUGAAACAGAGAAUUAAAGAUUUGGAGAGGCUUAAACUAUUGAAAGAAGAAGAUGAAAGACGCAUUCAAAUUUUAAAUUCUGGAGCAGAAUCAAUAUUGAAACAAAAAUCCAAAUCUCCACCAAAUCCUUCUGUAACUGUAAAUAAACCACAAUAUGCAAGUCAAUUAACAAAAUCUCUGAAUUCGCCACUAACUGUAUUAAAUAAGACACCAACUUUAAAAAAAGACAACUUUUCAUUAGAUAUAAAUUUUAAUUUACGUAAAGCAGAUGCAGCAAAAUUAAAGGCGAUACAAAUUUUAAAAAACAAACCAAUUGAAAAAUCUGAUCCAAAUUUUAUUAAAUAUCGUGGAACAGUUAAUGGAAAGAAAAGAGCAAUCGAUGAACUUCACGAACUUCAUAAUGAUCCUGAAUCAAAACGUAGAAAACUAGAGGAGGAAAUCAAAGCGAAGGAAGCUAAGACACGAAUUCAAAAAAUUAUAAUGGCUACUUCCUCUCAUGCAAAUUUAGUUAAUGUGAGAGAAUUAGAGGAACAAGAAAAAUAUUUUAAUAAAUUAGAAAAAAAAGAGCAAAUGGAAGAAAAAAUGUUAAAUACUUAUAAGAUUGCCUGCAAAGCUGUUAUUUGUUUAAAAUGCAAAUACACGGCAUUCUCAGCUAGUGAUCGAUGCAAAGAAGAACAUCAUCCUUUAAAAGUGGUUGACGCAGAAAAACGUUUCUUUGAGUGCCAGGAUUGUUCUAAUAGAACUGUUUCCGUUGAUAAAAUGCCAAAAGAAACUUGCAAAAAUUGUAAAAGCUCACGUUGGAAGAGAGCAGCAAUGAUAAAAGAAAGAAAAUUGUUACAACCAGGUGCAGAUUUGUCAAUAAGAGGAGAUGAGGAACAGUUUUUGGGUAGUUUAAACACAAAAGGUCACUUAAAUUUAUUAGUAGCGCCUGAAGAAUAGCUAAAAAGGAAGGUAAUCAAAAUAUUAAUAAUGUACUAUUAUGUGUUGUUUAAGUUUAAUGAAGACAUGAAAUUCUAUUAAUUAUUAUUAUUGUUUUACUGUUGAAAAUCUAUAGUUAUCUAAUUUAAAUAUGAUUUUUAUACUUAAAUUUAGACAAAAUUCAAUUAUUAAGAGCGUUGAAAAAUAAACCACGACAAAAUUUAAUUUGCAGCCUAAAUAUAGAUAUUAUGUAUUUUCAAGUACAGAUACAAGAACUAGUUUCAAAAUUUAAUCAAAAAUAUUAGUGAAUCGAUAGCAUGAUUUUUGGGUUAGGUAGUUUUCUUCUGCAAAACAUUUGUUUAAUUGUUAUUUUUUGACCGUAAAUAAAUAAAGAAAAAUUGCACUUUCUUUAGAUAUGGUACAAAUACAACAAUAAUAUCCUCAACCUUAGAGUUUGUCCAUUUUUCAAGUAUACUUACAUAUUUCAACAAAAGUAACAAAUGUGUAAUUUUUGUAAUUCUUUAACAAUAUUUAAUUAAGAAAUCCUAGCAUUAAAAAUGUAGUCAUUACCAUAAAUUUUAUUACAAAUUUGUUACAAACAUACAAAAUUGUGAAAUAAAUUUAGCAUGUAUUUGUAUGUGAAUAUGUACAAACAUGCCUAAAAUAUAUAAUGAGAAUAUUCAUUAAUGUAUACGAUGCCAGCAUGUGUAAAUUGUGAUUAUUAAAAAUUUAAUGAAAAGAAUUAAACUAAAGGAUUUAAGUUUUCUAUUCUGUUGCUAAUAUUUCUGUUUUCAAUUAUAAAAGAAGUCCUGAAGAAAGAAACUGAAGAAAAUAUUAAUUUAUAUAGUCACCACCAUUUGAAAAAUGAAAAAAUUCUUAACCCACUUAUUUUUAUGGCAAUAGUUUUUACGCCCUAACUCUUGACUUUAUAAGUGAAAUUCUUAGUGAAAUUAUAAACGUUUUUGUAUUUAAAACAACUAGAACUUAAGAAAUUCCAACAAUAUAAAAAGAAAACAAAAAAUAAAGAGGAAAAAAAUAAUUGUGCAUUUAUAUUUGUACAUUUUAUUAUUAAAGUAUAGAGAAAA